AUAGUUAUCAAACUUCUUUCUUCUCUCUUGAUUUCUGGAGUUUGAGCUUGCUCGAAAAGCUUCGCCAUUGAUACGGAUCGUAUCAAUUGGUGCUUUCAUUGAGAGAAUUUCUCUUUGAAUAUCAAAAAAAAAAAAAAAAAAAAAAUGUCAAAAUCGGAAAUUCUUGCCGCCAUUGAUGAGCUUCACACCUCCAUCUCCAGCUUGCAACCUUCCAUUUACGCCAAUUUGCAAGUCACAAACCCAUUCCCUCUAUCCCCAACUACUGCUCCAGAUCUCAGCCUGUUUCCACUCUCUUCCCCACCACCCCUUAUUUCCCCAAUCCUACAUACAACUAACUCCAUCUCACUUCUUCCCAUUCGCCGUCUAAGCCGAUCUGAAAUCGAAGCUAAAAAUGACCUCGGGUUGUGUUACAAUUGUGACCAAACCUGGUCCGAUACCCAUCGAUGCCGCAGCAAAUUCUUGAUUAUGUUCGGCACUGACGACGAGGAUGACUCCGGCGAUCCUAAAUCUCCAGAUUUCAUGGCUGGAGUUGAAGCUACGGUGGAGAAUUUCUCAAGUCCUUCACCAUUCCCAACCACUCACAGCCCCUCUCCGAUUUUCUCGCCGUCGGCACCCUCCGCCACCACCGUUACUCCAACGGAUCGGCCCUUUACUGAUGUUCCGACCCAUCUGCCACCCAAAGCUAUUCCACUUCACUCUGUUCUACAUCCGCCCACUCUGCCACCUCCCGCAAGGAUGGAUCUCAGCUAUUCACCCUGUAUCACCCCUCCUCUUGUUUUUACAGAACUCAAAUCACCAUCACCGCUACCACUGAUAGUUCCCCAAUCGUUGUUGCCGCUGCUGCCAAUACCAACACCAGCGUCAAUACAACCUCCACCAGCCGAGCCGCCUCCGGGCUCCCCGCCUUCACCUGCAAUACCACAACCACCACCAAUAACUCCUCCGGUGAUAAAGUAUGAGAGUGUAAUUCAUGAAUUCGAUCCUUAUUUCAAUUACAGAGUGACACAGUUUCUUACAAAAAGUGGAGUAUAUGACUUCUGGAAUUGGUUUGACGACCGAACAUGGUAUCCUCUUGGGCGUGUGAUUGGGGGAACUGUCUACCCCGGGCUUACACUAACUGCAGCUUUUGCUUCAUGGGCCACAUACCUUCUGACAAAGGAAAUUAAAGGCCCCGGUGCUGGCUUGACUGCUGCAGCUCCUCUGGCCAUGGUGCCAUCAUAUAUAUCUCGAUCUGUGGCUGGCAGCUAUGACAAUGAAGCAGUAGCAAUAUUUGCUUUGAUCUUCACUUUCUAUCUCUAUAUAAAGACGUUGAACACAGGAUCCCUUUUUUAUGCUACUCUAAAUGCAAUUGCAUACUUUUACAUGGUUUGCUCUUGGGGAGGGUACAUCUUUAUUAUAAAUCUCAUCCCAAUGCAUGUGCUGCUAUGCAUUGUAACUGGUCGCUAUUCUCCACGCCUCUACAUUGCUUAUGCUCCCCUUGUUGUCUUGGGAACAUUGCUAGCAGCUUUGGUGCCUGUUGUUGGUUUUAAUGCUGUCAUGACAUCUGAGCAUUUUGCAUCAUUCUUGGUCUUCAUCAUAAUACAUGUCGUGGCACUUGUCUAUUAUAUCAAAGGACUUCUGACUCCACAAAUGUUCAAAGUAGCAGUAACUCUUGUUGUAUCAGUUGGGAUGAUUUUUUGCUUUGCUGUAUUGGCUGUAUUAAUAGCAUUGGUAGCAUCCAGCCCAACCAAAGGAUGGAGUGGGCGAAGUCUGAGUCUUCUUGAUCCUACCUAUGCAAUUCUCUACAUUGUUACAUCAGUAUAUUUUUCGGGGGUCAUGGUGCGCCUAAUGCUUGUACUAGCUCCAGCAGCUUGUAUAAUGUCUGGGGAUACCACUAAUGUUACUCAAAAUGAUGUGAAGUCUGAGAAAAGUGAGGACACAAUAAAGGAGCGACCUUCAAGGAAAAGUAAAAAGAAGGAAAAGGAAAACACUGAGAAACCGUCUCUUGUAUCCCGAGUUGAAAAGAAGCUUCUGGUCUUGCCCUUGGAGACUUCUGUGAUCGCCGUCUUCUUGCUUGUCUUGCUUGGAGCAUUUUAUGUGGUUCAUUGUGUCUGGGCUGCAGCAGAGGCUUAUUCUGCUCCAUCAAUUGUUUUAACCUCUCGUUCUCAUGAAAGCUUUUAUCAAGCUUUCAGCUAGAUUCCAGCCGAAGCUUCUUACCAAGCAUGUGACGGGCAAUCUUUAUGUCGGCACUAUUUUGUUUCAUUUUUGUAAUUAGCAGGCUGAAUCAUCUGCUGUCUUCCUACCACCAUUUUUUUCAUAGCUUCACCUUGAGGACAAGGUGAUUGUGAAGGGGUGGGGAAUGAUACACCCAGCCCAUCCCCUAGCUUGGCCCUAUUAUGCUCUAGCCCAUUAGCCCAUUAGGUUUUUAUUAUUAGGUAUAAAUGAUGUAAUCUCCAAGUUUAUUGAGUAGAAAUGAAUAUUUGGUUGAUAGUUAUCAAA